AUGCAUUACGACAUGCCGCCCCACGCCAUCUGGGCUGUCCGCGGAGGUUCAUCCAAGAUUUCAAGUGGCGACAAGCACUCCUACCGCAUGACGGCGGUCCUCUCUGUGCGCACCAUUGGAGAGAAGCUGCCGCUCUUGUUUCUCUUCCUCCAGCCACAGAUUGCGCAAGUGGCGCUUAAAAGGCGCCAUGAUCCCGACAUCAAGUGGUUGAACAACACUUGUGGCAUUCGGAGGGAUAGCAGCAACGACGCAGCCACAUUCUUCGCUAGCGAUCUUGAGGCCUUCCUUGCUGACGUGAGGGUCGAAGUUGUCGCGCAACAGAACCGAAGGCUCGCAGACUUAGGGCUUCAGCAGCUGCCUCAGUUAGCUGCCACGGUGCUGGUUGUGAUGCGCACAUGCGCCGUGUAA